AUGGACAGCAUAAAAGAAGCUAUAUCAGCUAUCUCCAUAGGUAUGGUGGUCGCCGACUUCCUUCGCAAAACUGGUCGCGUGUUGCAAGCCAUCGAAGUAUACAAGGAAUGUUUGAUUAUAAUACAUAGUCAGGUGCUGGUAAUCGAUAUUUCAUUGGCAAACACUGUGUUCUGUGCCAUCUACUUGGCAAUAAUCUGUGCUUACGAUUAUAUAAAGGAUUACACAAAUACAGAAAACUACCUUAAAAAACUCCUCCUCUACCUAGACUCUCAUGACUCCGCUGAAAAAGGAUGGCUACAUUUAAAACUGGCAGAAAUACUUCGGGUACAAAGUAAGUUCAUGGAGGCCUGGAACUUUUACGAAUCAGCAAUCAACAUCAUGAAAAAGAUUGGAGACACACAUGGCCAGGGAGUAUGUUACAUAAGGCUCGGGAAAAUGUUUCAAUCGCUUAGUCAAUAUGACAAGGCCCGAGAAUAUCAGGAGAAAGCACUCGCUAUGAAAAUAGAAAUUGGCGACAGGUAUGGAGAAGCAACAAGCUACGGAAACCUAGGAACUUUGUUCCAAUCACUUGGUCAUUAUGACAAGGCCCGAGAAUAUCAGGAGAAAGCACUCGCUAUCACAAUAGAAAUUGGCGACAGGGAUGGAGAAGCAACAAGCUACGGAAACCUAGGAACUUUGUUCCAAUCACUUGGUCAUUAUGACAAGGCCCGAGAAUAUCAGGAGAAAGCACUCGCUAUCAAAAUAGAAAUUGGCGACAGGGAUGGAGAAGCAACAAGCUACGGAAACCUAGGAACUUUGUUCCAAUCACUUGGUCAUUAUGACAAGGCCCGAGAAUAUCAGGAGAAAGCACUCGCUAUCAAAAUAGAAAUUGGCGACAGGGAUGGAGAAGCAGCAAGCUACGGAAACCUAGGAACUUUGUUCCAAUCACUUGGUCAUUAUGACAAGGCCCGAGAAUAUCAGGAGAAAGCACUCGCUAUCACAAUAGAAAUUGGCGACAGGGAUGGAGAAGCAACAAGCUACGGAAACCUAGGAACUUUGUUCCAAUCACUUGGUCAUUAUGACAAGGCCCGAGAAUAUCAGGAGAAAGCACUCGCUAUCAAAAUAGAAAUUGGCGACAGGGAUGGAGAAGCAACAAGCUACGGAAACCUAGGAACUUUGUUCCAAUCACUUGGUCAUUAUGACAAGGCCCGAGAAUAUCAGGAGAAAGCACUCGCUAUCAAAAUAGAAAUUGGCGACAGGGAUGGAGAAGCAACAAGCUACGGAAACCUAGGAACUUUGUUCCAAUCACUUGGUCAUUAUGACAAGGCCCGAGAAUAUCAGGAGAAAGCACUCGCUAUCAAAAUAGAAAUUGGCGACAGGGAUGGAGAAGCAACAAGCUACGGAAACCUAGGAACUUUGUUCCAAUCACUUGGUCAUUAUGACAAGGCCCGAGAAUAUCAGGAGAAAGCACUCGCUAUCAGAAUAGAAAUUGGCGACAGGCAUGGAGAAGCAACAAGCUACGGAAACCUAGGAACUUUGUUCCAAUCACUUGGUCAUUAUGACAAGGCCCGAGAAUAUCAGGAGAAAGCACUCGCUAUCAGAAUAGAAAUUGGCGACAGGGAUGGAGAAGCAACAAGCUACGGAAACCUAGGAACUUUGUUCCGAUCACUUGGUCAUUAUGACAAGGCCCGAGAAUAUCAGGAGAAAGCACUCGCUAUCAGAAUAGAAAUUGGCGACAGGGAUGGAGAAGCAACAAGCUACGGAAACCUAGGAACUUUGUUCCAAUCACUUGGUCAUUAUGACAAGGCCCGAGAAUAUCAGGAGAAAGCACUCGCUAUCACAAUAGAAAUUGGCGACAGGGAUGGAGAAGCAACAAGCUACGGAAACCUAGGAACUUUGUUCCAAUCACUUGGUCAUUAUGACAAGGCCCGAGAAUAUCAGGAGAAAGCACUCGCUAUCAGAAUAGAAAUUGGCGACAGGGAUGGAGAAGCAACAAGCUACGGAAACCUAGGAACUUUGUUCCAAUCACUUGGUCAUUAUGACAAGGCCCGAGAAUAUCAGGAGAAAGCACUCGCUAUCAAAAUAGAAAUUGGCGACAGGGAUGGAGAAGCAACAAGCUACGGAAACCUAGGAACUUUGUUCCAAUCACUUGGUCAUUAUGACAAGGCCCGAGAAUAUCAGGAGAAAGCACUCGCUAUCAAAAUAGAAAUUGGCGACAGGGAUGGAGAAGCAACAAGCUACGGAAACCUAGGAACUUUGUUCCAAUCACUUGGUCAUUAUGACAAGGCCCGAGAAUAUCAGGAGAAAGCACUCGCUAUCAAAAUAGAAAUUGGCGACAGGGAUGGAGAAGCAACAAGCUACGGAAACCUAGGAACUUUGUUCCAAUCACUUGGUCAUUAUGACAAGGCCCGAGAAUAUCAGGAGAAAGCACUCGCUAUCAAAAUAGAAAUUGGCGACAGGGAUGGAGAAGCAACAAGCUACGGAAACCUAGGAACUUUUUUUCUAUGCCUUGGUCAACAUAGCGAAGCUGAAGAGUGUAUGGAGAAAGCUCUCCUAUUAAGUAGGGAUAUUGGACUCAACUUGGAGGAGUUUCAGUGUCUUUGUAAUCUAUCGGUGUUAAAGGCGUCACAAGGUAAUCGUGAAGAGGCUUCUUUGCAUCUUUUUCAAGCCAUCCAAAAAUUCGACACUUUGAGAGGUUUUCUUAAAGAAAACGAUCAGUUUCAAAUAUCUUUUUUAGAAGAGCACGGCACCUUUCCCUACAAGUUCCUCAGUUGGUUGCUUUCUUCCACUGGAAAGUCGCAAGAUGCCCUUUACGUCGAAGAGCUGACAAGGGCAAGAGGCCUGGCCGACUUGAUGGCAGCUCGGUACUCUGUUCAAGAGCAGAUCUCAAGCGAUCCACAAUCUUGGUGUGGCAUUCAAGGGAUCAUCACAAAAGAAGCAGAAUGUGCAUGCCUGUACAUUUCGGUUGGUCAAAAUGAUGUACGGUUUUGGAUAAUUAGAGCAACGGGAGCCAUUCAGUUUUUAAAAAAGAAAGUGAACCUGGACCAAAACAAGGUGACCGGAAUAGUCCCUGAGUUAGAUGAGUUUUUUAAAGAAGCCUUCCGCAGCCAAGCCAUUUUACCCGAACAGAAUUGCGAAGAUCGAUCUUUAGAUGACACCGAACUGACGUCACUUCCCUACGACAAGCGCUCAGUGCUGCGUGACUAUGAUGCCAAAGAUUUCAAAACAAGUCUUGACUUGUGUUACAAGAUAAUCAUCGCUCCUGUAGCCAGUUUACUGAAGCAGCCCGAGAUCAUAAUUGUCCCUGAUUCCUGUGUGUACCAAGUGCCAUUUGCAGCCUUGGCUGACGAAGGAGGCAAGUAUUUAUCAGAGACAUGCAGGAUUCGGAUAGUUCCCUCUCUGACCACUCUCAAGCUUGUUCAAGACAGUCCUCCAGAAUAUCACAGUCAGACCGGGGCACUGAUAGUGGGUGACCCUGUGGUUGGAGAGGUGAUUUACAAGGGAAGGCGCAGAAAUAUAGCACCAUUGCCGUGUGCAAGAAAGGAAGCAGAGAUGAUUGGAAGACUUCUUGGCGUAACGCCUUGGAUAGGAUAUUCCGCGACAAAGCAUUCUGUACUUCAAACGAUAAAUUCAGUGAGCUUGAUACACAUUGCUGCCCAUGGUGAUGCCGAAAGAGGGGAGAUUGCUCUUUCUCCUAAGCACCCUUCCCCACUCUCACCUUUACCUCGAGAAGGAGAUUAUCUUUUGACGAUGGCGGAUAUUUCAAAAACUAGGUUGCGAGCUAAACUAGUGGUUCUUAGUUGUUGUCACAGUGCUCGCGGACACAUUAGAACCGAGGGAGUUAUCGGAAUUGCCCGAGCGUUCUUAGGAGCCGGAGCUCGCUCAGUGUUAGCGGCACGAUGGGCCCUGGAUGACACAGCCACAGAGCAGUUCAUGACUUGUUUCUACAGACAUUUGUUCCGCGGUGAAAGCGUCAGUGAAUCUCUCCAUAAGGCCAGAAAGUGGAUGAGAAACAACGGUUUUGACAAAGUUUCUCAAUGGGCGCCAUUUAUGAUCAUAGGCGACAACGUGAAAUUUGAUUUUGGAAAUUGGCCGGUGCCUCGCGUACCUUAAAAGCCAUGACUUGGAUAAAUCCUCUGUAGGAGAAUGAACUAGACUCAGUAAAGCUCGGAACUAUUUAAUUACUAGCCUGUAAAAGAAGGACAACUCGAAUCGAUACACAGAGGAAGACAUUUCUGUAAAAUUCUCAUCAGACAUCUAAGUUUAAUAAUCUGAAACAAGACAGUGUAUAGUAUUAUCUC